AUGAAGUUCCUUGUUUUGGCUGUUGCCUCACUGGCCAUCGUCUAUGCGCAAACCACCUAUCGCCCCGUUGAGCCAUGCUCUCUUUGUGAAUACGUCACAAACCAAGCUCUUCACCAUCUCAACUUCGGAUACAAUGAAGCCGAACUUCAAAAGGAGCUUCUUUCGGAUUGUGAAUCUCUUCAAAAAGUCUACGGUCCACAAGCCGUUCAAGAUUGCAAAGAUGGUGUCAACGCCAACAUUGACAUCAUCUACAAAGAUUUGAAAUCCGGAAAAGACGCCUGGGGAGUUUGUGUUGAUCUCGGACAAUGCAUCCCGUCGACUGGCACUCAUCCAAGCAGCCAUCACCCCAAUUUCGUCCGCAAACAC